GAGAAGGAGGCAAAGUAGAUGAGAAGGUACCUGAUUGAGGUAAGAAGGAAGACAAGGAGGAGGUGAAUGUAUUAUUAGUUUUUCUAUUGUUUUCAUUUAAAUUAUUCAAAUUAAUAUUAAACCUUUAAUUUUGGUCAUAGAAAAAAUAAUCACAAAAGAGAUUGAGACAGUUUGAAAUAAAACAACUUCUUGUGUAAAAUAGACGAUUAACAAACAAAAAACACAUUUAAAUGAGAGACGGGAGGGGGGGGGGGCGUCUCCACGGCAACAGAACAACAGAACCUGAGAGGAAGAGGAGAGAAGGAACGUUAAGGAUCAGCAGGUGAGGGAUGAACACCUUUCUUUCCACCAUCUUUUUGACAGUAAAUGUAAUUAUUUUUUAACUAUAAAAGCUCAAUGACGUGUAUUGAUUCAUUUGUUUUAAAUGUUUGAAUGCAGCAGUAUCAGGUCUCCUUUAAGAAAACCAUUAACAAACAAUAAUGACAUUUUAGUCUGUAUAUAUUUACCAGGUAUUUAUUACUUCUGUUAUUUAAUCAGUUAACUUGUUUCUUUAAAUCAACUGUCUGAACAACGUUUUUAAUUAGUAUAAAUCCUCAUAAGUAGCGAUGGCCUGUUUCCGUGGCAACUGGGAUGAAUUUUACGGGGAAGUCCUCCUAUUGGACGAGAGGAAGAUGACACUGGGGGCUGAGCAGGGCUUUAAGAAAUCUUCCAAGGCGGCGGCCAUCUUGAACCAGGUGUUCUCCCACCUGGACGUCCGUGACGUGGAGUUCUUUGGUUUGAGGUUCUGUGACAGAGAGCAGCAGACGCACUGGUUGGAUCCUUUAAAAACUCUCAAACAGCAUCGAGACCUCGUCGGUCCGCCGUUCAUUUUCUACUUUGGUGUCAAGUUUUAUGUCCCAGAUGCUUCGAGGCUGAAGGAGGAAAACACCCGGUUAUUCCAACGUUUCAUUAAGCUAUUAUUUCAUCCGUUUGAUUAUUAUCAUUAUUGUUAUUUGUAUUAUUAUUAUUAUUAUCAGACUGAAAGCAGGGAGUAUAACUUUGUGUCGCGUGUCUCCAGGUAUCAGUUCUACCUGCAGGUGCGUCAGGACGUGCGUCAGGGCCGGCUGCCGUGCCCCCCCCCCCUGAGACCCCGGCUCUCGGCCCUGAUGCUGCAGGCGGAGCGAGGAGACCGAAAGGAGGCGGAGCCUGAAGAGUCAGAGGAGAACCAGGAAGUACAACACAUCUACAAGUCCCUCAGCGGCGUCUCUCGUCCUCAGGCCCAGCGUCUCCUUCUGUCUCUCUGCAGCUCUCUGCAGAUGUUCGGAGCCUCGCUCUUCGCCGCCUACGGUGAAAACCAGGCGGAGUACUUCCUGGGUCCGACCACAGUGGGCGUCGUCAUCUACAGGAACAAAGAGCUGGUGGGGAAAUAUUACUGGCAGAGAAUCAAAAAACUUCACUUUAAAAACAAAACAUUUGAGCUGAGAAUCGUUGUACAAAAUGUGAGUUCUAAUGCUAAUGCUAAAAAUGAGAAGAUUAAAGGAAGCCAUAUUAUUUAUUUUGCUUUAUUAAAUGAGUUAUAUUCUUAUUAUUUUGGACCACUAUUUGAAUCUGUAUCUAAUAAUGAGUCUAUUUGUGUAUUUGUGUGUGUGUGUGUGUGUAGGAAGCAGCUGAUGGAGCCUGACGGUUUGAUUGACAGACAAACGGAGGAAAUACCUUAUAAGGACGUGAGGGUUUUGGGUGAGCCAAUCAGAAUGCAACGUUGCCCCAGAGGGCGGGUACAUCGUCGCUGGGCGUCGGCUUCAAACCUCCAUCCCAAGAUGGACCUGGUUCCUCCUCUUCCCGUUACCAAGGCAACUGCAACGUACCCACAGGUCGCCGAGGCCGGCGUUGACCUUUUCUCUCGACUGACGUAGAGAAGCAAACGGCUAGCAGCUAGCGACCGCAGGCGACACACCUGUCACUCAGAGAGGCCACGCCCCUCCAUGACUGACUUCCAGCCUUCGUACAUUUGAAAUUGUUGAGUUCUGAUGAAAUUCUAGC